AUGGCGUUCUAUUAUUUUUGUACGAGCUAUCGUACUAGCAUAUUAGAAGUUUCUCAACAACCUGUACGAGCAAGAAUGUGUGGUUUCGGGGACAAAGAUCGUCGUCCAAUAGAUCCACCACCCGUUGUUAGGCUUAUUGUGGCCUCUACAGAUGGAACACCCGUAUCUGAAAGUUCUAUCGACCAUUCCAUGAUGAUCGUUCAUGCCGGUCUAUGGUCCGAAGAUUGCGAGGAAGAACGUAGUUUAGUAAUCAAUCCUUCAACCAUACCUACUCAAUCUACCGGCCCUAGUUCAACCGUCAUGUCUCUGAAUACGCCCUCAAGUACACGAAAUCUUAUGGGUCAUUGUACUUCGUCCGCGUAUGUGCUUAAUAAUCAUUCUGGUCAACAGGGAAUUUAUUUUAUAUUUCAGGACCUUUCUGUUCGUACUGAAGGCACUUUCACUUUGAAAUUCUCUUUUUGUAACGUUAAGGAGUUAAUGGCUCAAUCUAUCACUGAAUUCGCAAGUACUCGUGGAAGUGUUGCAGCUGAAGUGUACAGCGCACCCUUUAAAGUUUAUUCUGCAAAGAAAUUUCCGGGUAUGACAGAAUCUACCGCGCUUUCUAAAGCUUUCGCCAAACAGGGAAUUAAAAUUCCAAUCCGUAAGGAAACACGUUAUAGAAAAAUCACUAAUGAAGAUUCACAUCAACCCAGUGAAGAAGUUCCUGAAACUACCACCUCCCCCUUAGAAAAACCUGCGACUACCAGCGAUGAUCCUAAAACAACUGAAUCUUUCAACGACAAUGAAGAAUCAUGUGAUCGUUCGGAUCCAUCAGACGACGUCGACGUGCUUUCUAGUACAUCGAGGGAAGAAGAAAGCGAAGACCAGCCUGCCGCAAAGCAAUUACGCGAGCCAGAAUAA